AUGGUAAAAUUUUUUGAAAAUAAAAGUUUAUUCCCCUUCAGAUGGGAUCAAGUGGUUCAUGGUUUUUGGCAUCGUUAUCCAAACCCAGAAAGCAAGCAUGUAUUAUCUGAAGAUGUGUUACAUAGAGAGGUGAUAGAAAAAAAGUUACAUUCUAUUAGGUUAUUCACAAAAACUAACAAGUUGCCAAAAUGGGGUGAACGUUUUAUAAAUAGUAAAGAUGUAAAAAUUGUUGAAGAAUCAAUUUUAGAUCCUACAAAAAAGACAUUGGUGACAUAUACAAGAAAUGUUGGAUAUGCAAGUGUUAUGGGCGUGACAGAAAAAGUUGUUUAUAAAGUAAAUGAAGAAAAUCCAAGUACUACAGUUGCAGAGCGAUCAGUAUGGAUUGAAUCAAAUGUAUAUGGAAUGUCUAAAGCUAUUCAAGCAUUUGGAAUGCAACGGUUUAAAGUUAACAGUACUAAAGCAGUAAAAGGAUUUAAUUAUGUACUCAAUAGUAUGUACGGUGGUAGUACUUCAAGUUCAUCUGGUGUAUUAUUACAUCAGAAAGAAAAAUUAAAGGAUGCUCUUAAACAAUCAAAUUACAAAACUGGAUCUCUUUAUGUUCAUUAA